AUGUCUACACAGAAUGAUAAUGCAGAGUCCAUUGUGCAGCCAUCAACCACGUUGGAAAUACCAUCACCGCAAGAAAACAAGCUUACUUGUGGAAUAUGCGAAUCUAAUAUUACCGUCACUGGUACACAUUUAACAUGCAUAAAUGACAAAUGUCGCAAAAAUACAUGUUCAUACUGUAUCACUAAAAUGAUCAACAUGUUUUUUGCUCAACCGGCGCUCAAUUAUCCAUUCCAGUGUGGAGGAUGUCGAACAGCUUUCAAUAACACGUGUGUUGAACGUGUAAUUAUCGAUGAAAAAUAUUAUGAGCAAUAUGUUGCUUGUAUGUUGCCUCUCUACUGGUCCCAAAAAUGCCUCAACGACGAUGAAGAAUUCGUACAAUGUCCAUUUUGUCCCUAUCUGGAAAUCCAUACUACUGAUGCAUGCCCGAUUCAAUUUCUCAAUUGCCAACAUCCUGAUUGCGGAAAACGAUCAUGUUUAAUAUGUUCGAGCAUGGUGCAGGAUGAGAUUGAUGAAUUAACACACUCAUCGCGGUGCGUCGAGUAUCACUAUCGCAAACGAUUGAUUGAGGAAGCCAUCACGACCGGUUCUCUUAGACAAUGUCCUCACUGUGAAUUGGCAGGCAUUAAAGAUAAUAAUUGCACGCACAUGACUUGCGCACGAUGUGGCGGAAGAUGGUGCUAUUUUUGUGGAAAGAAAGAGGAAGACUUGGAUGAUGACGACAACGAAUAUCCGAAUUUGUCUGAACAUAACAAUGAUUGGGAGUCUGAUAUCAACCGCUGCCCAAUGUAUCUAUACAAAGUGCAUGUAUUUGACAGUCGUUGGCCAGUGGACGAUGAUGACUGUUUAGAAUUCUUUCAUCGUUGUCAAACUUUACGUAAUCUCAACGAUAUUCUGGAAUUGAUCGGAGAAGAAAGUUUAGACGAGUUGAAUGAUCGAUUCGGUAUCAUCGACGCAUGCGGUUACUCAAUCGAUGACAUCAAGAAUGAAGAAAAUCGAAUAUUGAUCAAAUACAGCUGA